GGAGAAUUUUUAAAAUUCUGUUUCAAAAAAUCACAAAUAUUUCCUAAAAGCAUUGAUCUGAGAAUGGAAGCAAGCCUUAGUUGUCGGUUAUCACAAACUGGAAGCAAUCUUGCUCAUUAAAACCGCCAAAUUCAGAGUAUAAAACAGGGUAAAAGCGCAGGCCCUUUGCACAAUUUUUUUUUUUUUUGGUUUCUUUCUCUCCUUUAUACAAAGCAGUAGUUGUAGGAGUAGCAGCAAUAUUAUUAAGAGUUUGAGAGAUAAAGUUCAAAGUUAAAGCAAUGAGUCUUUCGAUCAUCUCUCCUUUAUUUCUAUCUGCCUUUCUCUUUUUCUCUCUUUUGCAUCCACCAACUUUUGCCAUUGAAAAGUCUUAUAUAGUGUAUUUGGGAUCACAUUCACAUGGUUCAGAGGCUAAAUUGUCUGAUUUCAAGCGUGUCAAGAAUUCUCAUUAUGAAUUGCUUGGAUCGUUCACCAAAAGCAAGGAGAAGGCUAGGGAGAAAAUUUUUUACUCUUACACUAAGAACAUCAAUGGCUUUGCGGCUAUGCUCGAAGACGAUGAAGCAGCAGAACUUGCAAAGCAUCCAGACGUAAUAUCUGUGUUCUUGAACAAAGGAAAAAGGCUUCAUACAACUCAUUCCUGGAGUUUUCUAGGAUUAGAAAGAGAUGGAGAAAUUCCUUUGGGCUCAAUUUGGUACAAAUCAAAGUUUGGUAAAGAUGUAGUUGUUGGUAACCUUGACACUGGUGUAUGGCCCGAGUCUAAGAGCUUUAGUGAUGAGGGAAUGGGUCCAAUCCCAUCCCAUUGGCGAGGAAUCUGUCAGCGUGACACCUCUGGCUUUUGUUGCAACAGAAAACUAAUUGGGGCAAGGUACUUCAACAAAGGUUACGCAGCGUUUGCUGGUCCUCUUAACUCCACUUACAACACCACACGGGACAAAGCAGGGCAUGGAACUCAUACCCUGUCAACAGCAGGUGGAAACUUUGUUCCAAAAGCUAAUGUUUUUGGAAAUGGAAAUGGAACAGUAAAAGGUGGAUCCCCAAAUGCCCGUGUAGCUGCUUAUAAGGUGUGUUGGCCGCCGAUUAAUGGCAGCGGUGAGUGCUUUGAUGCUGAUAUUAUGGCUGCUUUUGAUGCUGCAAUAAGUGAUGGAGUUAAUGUCCUCUCUGUUUCGCUUGGUGGUGAUCCUGCUGAUUUCUUUGAGGAUUCUAUCGCAAUUGGUUCCUUCCAUGCUUCAAAGAAAGGCAUUGUGGUGGUUGCCUCCGCUGGCAAUUCUGGACCAGCCCCAGGCACUGUAUCGAACGUGGCUCCUUGGAUGAUUACUGUUGGUGCUAGCACAACGGACCGUGAGUUCACAAACUACGUUGGACUUGGCAACAGGAGGCAUCUCAAGGGUACAAGUCUUUCAGAAAAGGGCUUGCCGGCUGCAAAGUUCUAUUCCCUGAUCAGUGGUGAACAUGCGAAGGCUCCUAAUAGUUCUGCUGUAGAUGCUUCUCUUUGUAAGCCUGGAGCACUUGAUCCCAGAAAGGCUAAAGGAAAAAUAUUAGUGUGCCUUAGAGGGGAAAAUGGUAGAGUGAACAAGGGAGAACAGGCUCUUCUUGCAGGCGCUGUUGGGAUGAUUUUGGCUAAUGAUGAAAAUUCUGGAAAUGAAAUUAUAGCUGAUGCUCAUGUGCUUCCUGCCUCACACAUCAAUUUCACUGAUGGUGAAGCUUUGUAUGCCUACAUCAAUUCUAGCAGGGUUCCUGUGGCAUUCAUGACUCAUGUAAAGACAAAAUUAGAAACAAAGCCGGCUCCGUUUAUGGCUGCUUUCUCAUCAAGGGGACCUAAUUCCAUUGCAUCUUCUAUCCUCAAACCUGAUAUCACUGCUCCCGGAGUUAGUAUAAUUGCUUCUUACAGUUUAGCAGUAAGCCCAACUGGAGAAGAUUUUGACAAGCGCAGGAUUUCCUUCAACACAGAAUCUGGUACUUCAAUGUCUUGCCCUCAUGUUUCUGGUGUUGUUGGCCUUCUCAAAACACUCCAUCCAGAUUGGAGCCCUGCUUCUAUCAGAUCUGCAAUCAUGACAACAGCAAGAACAAGAGCUAACAACAUGAACCCAAUUCUAGAUUCAUCUACCAAUCUUAAGGCAACUCCAUUUGACUAUGGAGCAGGACACAUACGUCCAAACAGAGCAAUGGAUCCAGGGCUAGUGUAUGACUUGACAGAAAAUGAUUACUUGAACUUUUUAUGUGCCCAAGGGUAUAACCAAAGCCAAAUCAAGAUAUUCUCAGGGAAGCCAUACCCAUGUCCCAAGUCCUUCAGCUUGGAAGAAUUCAACUACCCUUCAAUCACAGUUCCUAAUCUCAAUGGUCAUGUAACAGUGACUCGAAGAGUGAGGAAUGUUGGACCUCCUGGAGAAUACUUGGCUUAUGUGAAGUCACCGCCAGGAGUUACAGUUCUGGUUCAACCUAAGAGCUUGAAGUUUAAGAGAAUUGGUGAAGAGAAGACAUUUAAGGUUACACUGAAAAAUGUUACAGAAAAUGAGCCCAGAGAUUAUGUAUUUGGAACAUUGGUAUGGACGGAUCGAAAGCACUAUGUGAGAAGUGCUCUGGUGGUGAGGAAUUACUAGCUAGAUUUGUUCAUUUUAAGUUCUAUUUUAGUUACUACAGCACUCAAUUUGAGUGCACAAAUCAAAUGCAGCAUUUGUUGGAUGAUCAUCUUAAUUCUUUUUAAUGAAAAUCUAAGAUGUAUUUUUUUUUUUAGAAACACAA